AUGCGCCUCCCCAGACCCUCGAGACCCCAUCUACGGGUCUCGCAGACCGAGUCUGCCUUUGCGAUGGGUAAUGCUCGGUGGACAAAUAGUGAUCUGGAUCCAAUUCCGAAAGACCGUCGCAAAUGGGGAGUCUCCAGUCUUAUAGCAUAUUGGAUUUCGGACGCGUUUAACGCAGCGACAUGGCAAUUUGCGAGUAGUAUUAUCGCCGUCGGUCUGACCUACCGGGAAGCUCUGGGCAUUGUCGCAUUGUCCUUCUUUAUUAUGUCCUUUGUUAUCGCCGCCAACGGUGCUGUUGGCGCCAUAUACCACGUACCCUUUCCGGUUAUUGCUCGUGCCAGCUGGGGCUUCUGGGGCUCAUAUAUUGCUAUCAUUUCACGGGUUAUCCUUGCUAUUUUCUGGUUUGCUAUCCAGAAUGUCAAUGGGGGAAAUGCUGUUCGGGUGAUGAUCGGUGCCAUCUGGCCGAGUUACUUGGAUCUUCCAAACGACAUCCCUGAAUCGCAGGGUAUUACCACUAACGGCAUGGUUUCAUUCUUCAUCUUCUGGUUGAUUCAGGUUCCAUUCCUGUUAAUGCAUCCAAACAAGCUGCGCUGGCUGUUCACCAUCAAGUCGGUACUCGUUCCGAUCGCCUGGAUUGCCAUUUUGAUCUGGGCAUUCGUCGCUGAAAAGGGUGGCGGUGGUGUUUUCGCAAAGCAGAGCUCAUCUGUUUCUGGAUCAAAGUAUAGCUGGCUAUUCUUGGCCAAUAUGACUUCGGUGUUGGGGAACUAUGCCACCCUGAGCGUCAACCAGUCUGACUUCUCUCGUUACUCUCGCGUCAGUCCCAAGUGGCAGCUCCUUUAUGUCCCGAUGCUACCGAUCGUAUUCACCUUCAUCUCCUUUAUUGGAAUUGCUGCAUCAUCUGCCGGCCAAUCCCACUAUAAUCUCGACUCUAUUCCUUGGGAUCCAACAGUACUGAUUAGCUACUGGCCUAAUCGUGCCUGUCGAUUCUUUGGUGCAUUUUCUUUUGCACUAGCAUCCCUCGGAGUCAACAUCUCUGCCAACUCUCUUUCCGCUGCUAAUGACUUCACCGCACUCGCACCACAGUAUAUCAACAUCCGACGUGGGCAAAUCCUCUGUGCCUUGUUGUCUUGGUGCCUUGUUCCGUGGAAGAUCCUCGAGUCCGCAGGAAACUUCCUUACUUUCAUGUCUGCCUAUGCUAUCUUCCUCGGCCCCAUUGCUUCUAUCAUGCUAUUCGACUUCUGGGUUAUCAACCGCCGCCGAUACGAUUCUCUUGCUCUCUACCAACAUUGGAAUCCAAUUUACCGGUAUACCUUCUCUCUCGCGGGUAAGAGUAUCUCCGGAGUGAAUUGGCGAGCUGUCGUGGCUUUCCUGGUGGGUGUUGUACCCAGUAUUCCGGGCUUGAUCAAUGCUGUCAAUGCUCAUAUUGAUGUUGGGGUUGGUGAACAUCCGUAUGAGUUUGGAUGGCUACUUGGCUUUGUUGCCACAACUAUUGUCUAUGUAGGCCUUUCAUGGCUCUUCCCUGCCCGCGAAGCUCAGAUUGAUCGCGCUAUCUUACCCGACGAAAUCUACGAUGAGAGAGGCAUGGUGGUGGAAGGGGUGGAAACGGAUGAUUCAGAUAGAAAAGAAGCAGUCCCAAACGCACAUGAGAAGCGGAUGGAUGUGGAAAAGGCUACAUAG